UUAUAGAGACUACUUUAGAGUUCAGUAAAUAGCCACUCAAACUUAUUAGGGUGCUUUUAUUCUGAAAGGGCUAAAUCUAAAGCUUUUGCUUUAAUAGGGCUAUUCUUGCUAUUGAAUGAUAAAUUAUGAUUAUCUAAUGACUAUUUUAUAGUUUAGUAAUCGCCCACACACAACCUCUAAAUCCUUUCAAAAUAAAAGCACCAAUGUAAUUUAUUACCUUAAAUGGCAAGAUUUUUGCUUCUGACUGGUAAAUUUUUACUAGUUAUUAAACUAUUACACAGGUAAUUAUUUACAAAUACUUUCUUCAAAUUAAAAAGCUAGUCAGCUUAUUUAUGAUUGUCAACAAUGCACUCUGGUCAACUUUUUAAUCUGUGAUAUAUUUUUUACCUUGGUCAACUUUUGAAUCAUUGUCAUAUUUUAAUCUUGUCCUAGUAUGACAUUGGUCAUCUUUUUAAUCGCCAUCUUUUGUCAUCGUUUUAUUCUUUGUCAACGUUUUCUCGUUUUCAUCGCUUUGCCGUAGUCAACUUUUGGACGUAGUCAACUUUUUUGACGUCAGCAGCUUAAUCAGCGUUUGUCAUCGUUGCGGCAGCAGAUCAGCUCUCCCAGGUAAUUUCUCGAGAAAUUACUUUUUCUAGUUAUUUUUCUUCUACUUAUUCCGCCCUUUUUUCGAUUGCUAUCUACUUUUUAACGCUUCAUCGUAGAAUCGUCGUUCAACUUUCUAAACGUGUGUCAUCUUUAGGAGAUGUGGGCUAUUACUUUUUAUGUUUUCAGCUUUUCAACUGUUAACGUUAUUCAACCUUUUCAUCGUUUUUUUAUAAUGGUCGUCUAUGGGAAUCAUCGUUCAACUUUUUGUCAAUUUCCCUCUUUUCAUCAGCGUCUAUCAUCGUCAUACCUUGGCGUAGAAACGUCAUUUCAACUUCAAAAGCUUCUAUCAUCGUUCAACUUUCUCCUUGUAAAUCAGUGUUGUCCCAUCUUCUAUAUUUUUCGACUCGUGAGCAUUUAAAUAUAAUGUGUUUUUUGUUAAAUUUUCAGCUUUUCCAUUAGUGUGUGUUGGGUCAGCUAGAGUGCGUGAUGUCACAGCUACAGUGAGAGGAUGCGCUUUUAAACGCAGAACUUCUGUCUUUAACUCGUCACUACAGCCACAAUUUCUACUCUAUGAACGUAAUUAUUUCACUAAAUCGUAGUCAUACUUGUCUUCUUUCUAAUGAUGUGUCUGGCUUUACCCUCAGACUUAUACUUUAGUCGCUAUCGACCUCAAAGCGCAGAGAGAUCCUGAAAGUCUCCCAUAGACUCUAAUGAUAAUUUUUGGCAGACGUUUGGAGAAAAAAAAGGAGGAGACAUAUUUUGAAAUUGCGACUGUGGCUACAAAUGUUUAUCCUCAAACCUAAAAUUCACACCAUUUGCUUAUUGAAGCCUUGGGACUCGUAAAAUGAAAUAAUUUUUAUGAUAACUAUUAUGGUUUAGCUGGAACAAGCCUGUUUAUACAGGGUGAAACUCUACUUUUACAGAGCAGAGUAAGCCUGAUUUUCCCGCCUUUCGUCCCCAUGGCGAUGGCGCAGCUGCAGAUUUCACUGACAGGUCAAACUCCUGAUGCUCAGUGUAGACAGCAGUUAUAUGCUUAUUACUGAUUACUCAACUACACUAUUGGAUUGUGUAGUAAUUAAGCACACACUUCCUCUUAAUCCUUUCAAAAAUAAAAGCACCAAGCCAAAUGAUUAGCUUUAAUACCAACAUUUUUGCUUUUAGAUGGGUAAUUAUGACUAUUUAAAGAUAGAAUAACAGUUUAGUAAUUACCCACACAUGCUUCCUCUACAUCCUUUCAAAAUAAAAGCACCAAUGCAAUUUAUUAGCUUUAAUGGCACCGUUUUUGCCUUUGAAUGGUUAAUUAUGAUUAUUCAACGACUAAUUGACAGGUAUGCUAUUACCCCUACACAUUUCCUGUAAAUCCUUUCAAAAUAAAAGCACCCAUUACAAUUUAUUACCUUUAAUGGCAAGAUUGAUUAGAAAAUUUGUGGUUCUGAAUACUUACCAAUCGUUAAUGAGACUACUUUAGAGUUCAGUAAAUAGCCACUCAAACUUAUUAGGGUGCUUUUAUUCUGAAAGGGCUAAAUCUUUUGCUUUAAUAGGGCUAUUCUUGCUAUUGAAUGAUAAAUUAUGACUAUCCAAUGACUAUUUUAUAGUUUAGUACUUGCCCACACACAACCUCUAAAUCCUUUCAAAAUAAAAGCACCAAUGUAAUUUAUUACCUUAAAUGGCAAGAUUUUUGCUUCUGACUGGUAAAUUUUUACUAGUUAUUAAACUACUACACGGUUAGGUAAUUAUUUACAAAGACUUUCCUUAAAAUCAAAAAGAUAGUCAGCUUAUUUUGUGAUUGUCAACAAUGCACCUUGGUCAACUUUUUAAUCUUUGACAUCUUUUAACCAUGGUCAACUUUUGAAUCAUUGUCAUCUCUUUAAUAUUGUCAUAGUAUGACCUUGGUCAUCUUUUUAAUCGCCAUCUUUUGUCAUCGUUUUAAUUUUUGUCAACGUUUUCAUCGUUUUGCCGUAGUCAACUUUUUGACGUCGGCAGCUUAAUCAACGUUUGUCAUCGUUGCGGCAGCAGAUCAGCUCUCCCACGUAAUUUCUCGAGAAAUUACAUUUUCUAGUAUUUUUUGCUAUCUCUCUGAUUUUUUUUUUUUUUUUUUAUUGAAAAACCCUUAAACUAAGGCUGACAGUCUGCAGUUGAAGCACAUCUUGUGUAUUUUGUUUCAAAUCCAUUGUGGUGGUGUAUAGGUGUAUACAGCCAAAAAUGUUGGAAUUGUGUAUAUAUAUAUAUGUGGGCACAUGGGUCAAUUCAUGAGCGAAGCACAGAAGGGCAUUAGUAAGGAUACCAGAGGAGCCAAACACCAACUCCUGGUAGACAGAACAGUCGCCCAAGACUGCAGAAUGCGAAACACCAACCUGUGCACAGCCUGGAUCGACUACAAGAAAGCCUAUGACUCAAUGCCACACACAUGGAUCACUGAAUGCUUGGAGCUGUACAACAUCAACAGAACUCUAAGGGCCUUCAUUGCAAACUCGAUGAGGUUGUGGAGAACCACCCUUGAAGCCAAUGGAAAGCCACUUGCCCAAGUAUCCAUCAAAUGUGGCAUAUACCAAGGAGAUGCACUGUCCCCACUGCUGUUCUGCAUAGGUCUGAACCCCCUCAGCCAAAUAAUAAACAAGACUGGCUAUGGAUACCGACUCCGGAACGGGGCCACCAUAAGUCACCUCCUCUACAUGGAUGACAUCAAGCUGUACGCCAAGAAUGAGCGAGACAUCGACUCACUGAUCCACACCACCAGGAUCUACAGCUCGGACAUCGGGAUGUCAUUCGGGCUCGAGAAAUGUGGGAGGAUGGUGACAAAGAGAGGCAAGGUAAUCCACACAGAAGGGGUCUCACUCCCAGAAGGAACAAUAGCAGACAUUGAGAACAGUUACAAGUACCUUGGAAUACCACAGGCAAACGGCAACCUUGAACAGGCAUCAAGGAAUGCGGCAACAGCCAAAUACCUCCAACGAGUAAGGCAAGUCCUAAGAAGCCAGCUCAAUGGCAAGAACAAAUCCCAGGCAAUAAACAGCUACGCCCUGCCAGUGAUCAGAUACCCUGCGGGAAUAAUAAGGUGGCCAAAGGAAGAGAUACAGACCACAGAUGUUAAGACAUGAAAGCUCCUCACCAUGCAUGGAGGGUUCCACCCCAAAUCCAGCACCUUGAGACUGUACGCUAGCCGCAAGGAAGGAGGCCGAGGACUAGUGAGCGUGAUAGCCACUAUCCGGGAUGAAACAUCCAAGAUCCAUAAGUACAUCAAGGAUAAGGCCCCGACAGAUGACGUGCUGAGUGAUUGUCUCAGGCAGUGGAGAACAGAGGAUGAGAUGCUGGAAGAGGGACCAUCAUGGGAGGACAAGCCCUUACACGGGAUGUACCACCGGAACAUAACUGAAGUGGCUGAUCUCAACACAUCCUACCAAUGGCUUGAAAGGGCUGGGCUGAAGGACAACACAGAGGCACUCAUCCUGGCCGCACAGGAGCAGGCCCUGAGCACCAGAGCCACAGAGGCCCAGAUCUACCACACCAGACAAGACCCAAGGUGUAGACUGUGCAAAGAGGCCCCUGAGACGGUCCAGCACAUAACUGCAGGGUGUAAGAUGCUGGCAGGGAAAGCAUACAUGGAACGCCAUAACCAAGUGGCUGGCAUAGUAUACAGGAACAUCUGCGCAGAGUAUGGACUGGAAACCCCAAGGUCAAAGUGGGAAACACCUCCCAAGGUGGUAGAGAAAGAGCGAGCCAAGAUCCUGUGGGACUUCCAGAUACAGACAGACAGAAUGGUAAUGGCGAACCAACCAGACAUUGUGGUGGUGGACAAAGAACAGAGGAAAGCCGUAGUGGUGGAUGUAGCAAUACCAAGUGAUGGCAACAUCAGGAAAAAGGAACAUGAGAAACUAGAGAAAUACCAAGGGCUCAGAGAAGAACUGGAGAAGGCUUGGAAGGUGAAGGCCACAGUGGUGCCUGUGGUGAUUGGAGCACUGGGGGCAGUGACCCCCAAAUUGGAGGAAUGGCUACAACAGAUCCCUGGAAUAACAUCCGACAUCUCAGUCCAGAAAAGUGCAGUCCUAGGAACAGCAAGGAUACAGCGCAGAACCCUCAAGCUUCCUGGCCUCUGGUAGAGGACCCGAGCUUGGAAAGUGGAUGAGACCACCCGCGUGGGGUGAGAAGGGAGUUUUUUUGUGUAACUAACUCCCUUCUCACCCCAUCCAAAUUGGAGGAAUGGCUACAACAGAUCCCUGGAAUAACAUCCGACAUCUCAGUCCAGAAAAGUGCAGUCCUAGGAACAACAAGGAUACAGCGCAGAACCCUCAAGCUUCCUGGCCUCUGGUAGAGGACCCGAGCUUGGAAAGUGGAUGAGACCACCCGCGUGGGGGUUAUCACAAUCAAAGAAAGUGGACUGAAGAUGAAGUCUGAAGAGUUUACGCUGAUGGACUACAUUGCUUUAUGCACUUUGAGACAACCAUUGAGACAACCCCUGUAGCAUUAAUAGGAAGAUCUAGGGAGGGAGUUAAAUUUUAUGUAAAAUUGCACUCUAAAGCAAGACUGUGAAAAGAAGGUAGGUGUUUAAAUUUCUGCAAUUCUGCUGAGAGAUGGAUUGAACCAGGAGUUUUUUUUGCAGUUCUACAUGAGUACCUGUAGCCUUUUUGUUGUAUUAUAUCUUGCACUUCUUACUAAUAAAUUGUUUUCCUUUUUCAUAAAUUUCACCCCAUUGAAUUUCUCCUUUUAAAGACUCAUUGACUAGAUUUAGGUAUAUGUCAUCAGCAAGUAAUUCUAUAUUGCUUAAAUUAGUAGUAGUAGUAGUAGUAGUAGUAGUACUUGAAGUACAUUGUACAUUUUGCCAAAUUCAGGUAUGCAUCAAUAAGUACCAUAUGUACUAUAUUAUUUUUAGCCAAAUAAAAAGCGAUUAUGCACACUUUUAAUGUUAUAAAGUUGCAUACAUUAAUCCCCUGCAGGUAAAUACACACCAUUGCUGACAGAUUUGGUACCAAGUUGACAGAUUUUGUUACCAAAGUUGAUUAUUUGCGUGUGUGUGUGUGUGUGUGUGUGUGUGUGUGUGUGUGUGUGUGUGUGUGUGUGUGUGUGUGUGUGUGUGUGUGUGUGUGUUGUACUACUACUACAACUACUACUACUUGGCUGUGGCUAGACGCACCAUUUAGACUUUUUUUCCAUUCUCCCAGCCUUUGUCUUCCCUUUUCUUCUUUUUUCCUUCUUGUCUUGUUCUUCUUGUAGAUAGUUACAGCAUGAUAUCGCUAGCUAUUGUAAUACCUGUAUGGCAACAGCACAAAAAAGCAGCCCACAGCGUUAGUGGGGUAGAUUGGGAAAUCAGAGGCUACAACUGUGUGAUCUAAAGUGAAAUUAGCCAGCACUUAGCUGCACACAUGCACAACAGGCUUAGCUGGGAGACAAGGUCUCAGAUCCAAGCAUGGAGGACAUAAAAAACAUACCAGUGUUGGUGCCAAAAGGGAGGGAACUUCAGUCACUCUCUUUAGCUAUCUCUGUUUCUUGUUCUCUCACCUAAUCCUCCUUACUUUGGUCUUUGGCCUUAUGUUUCAUUCCUUCUUCCUUUUCCUUGCCUACCAUUCCUAAAGAAGCUUUCAGUGGUACAUGUCUGUAUCUGCAAAUGUGCUAAUCCGAUUUCUGUGUAUUAUUCAAUUUGUGUGUGAUUGCGUGUGUCUAUGUGUGUAGUGCUGCUUUAGUGGAACAAAAUCUGACACUGAGCUGAUGCUUUAAAAGAGGCAGACACUAUAGGAGCUCUUCAAAGACUCACAUUCUGAGGAUGCUCAUACACACAGUUAUGGACCCCCUAUGACUCAGGAGUUUGAAGUCAAAUUAGGUUCAGAUUAGAUUUGCGCAUGAGUAAACCGAUCUGUGCAUGUAUAAACCGAUCUGUGCAUGCGUAACCAGAUGCGUGCGUGCCUAGCCAGAUCUGUGCGUGAGUAAUCAGAUGGGUGCGUGUACUUGAAGACUUAGUGGGGCUAUACCAUGCUUACACUUAUUAUUUGGGGUGUUAAAAUUCCGCACAAAUCGUGCGUGAAUUAAAGAAGUAAGAAAAAUAACAUGACCCUAAUUUGACACUGUCCCUGUCAAUGCCUUGGUUUAUGUUACCUAUUUGUUAGAGUAUUCUAUGGAAUCUGUGGAUGGAGUUUAGUGUUUAACUUUUGUGUCGUGUUGUGACCGAUCAGGAGUGUCUUGUCCUUUACAGAUUUACCUGUUACCCACCUGCGCCUAAGUUAACUGGGUGAAGCGAAGCCAAGUCAGAGAGGUGUAGGUCUCAGCUGACGGUUAAAAGCGACUGCUGCAAACUAAAUAAACGAUCAAGAUUUCUCAGACCAAGCUUUUUGCCUGUGUCUUUGGUAUCAAUGACCUCUUGGGAGAUUGUUUAGCGAGAAGCACCAUGAUUCUGCACUGAAAUCCAAGCCUUAUUAACAACUGCAUUACAUAUUAGGCUGUUUAAAACCAUUGUUAAAAUAAACAUGCUUCUUGUGGUCUGAUAAACGAUCACACAGAGUCACAACGUUAGCGUUACUAGAACAUACCUACCUUAACUCUAGCUGCUUCAUAACAUAGCAUGGGAUUGCUAAUUGCCUGUCGGCUAAUAUUCUACAUUAACGUAUGAUAGAAACACCAGUUUAACUUUUGUGUAACUGCAUCACCUCCACAAAUCACGAGUAACGUCACACUUUAUACAUGAAUAUGAACCAUCAUGUCUGUCUGAUCAUUUAAUAUUACUGGACUGGAUUGAGUGAGAGCGUGGAGGCAAAUUAAAGUCACAUUAUUUUACUUGUAAAUUUAGCCACAUAUAUAAGAAUAAGAAAACCUUUAAUAGUCCCGCAGUCGGGAAAUUACUUCUCACAACAGCAGUACAGAUGAGCGAGAAUACAUGUACAGAACAUUUUGUGUUUGUGUUGGCACAGUACAAAGCAGUACAGUACAGUUAGAGUGAGUAUGAGGUCAUCGCAGGGUUAUUGCACAGCAAUGGGUAUAAGAUUUGUAAUGGUAACAAUAUACAUAAUUGUUUACAGAUUUACAAAAAUAUUGUGCAGAGCAGGUUGCUAUAUAAACCCCUGAUGCAGUGGGUGAGUGACUGUAGUGGGACGUGGUCAACAGUUCUGAUUAUACAGUCUGACAGCAGCAGGUAGGAAGGAUAUACGAUAUCUCUCCUUCACACAGCGAGGGUGGAUCAGUCUGCUACUGAAGCUGCUCUCCAGGGCAGACAGUGAGUCCUCCAGUGGGUGAGAGUCCUGGUCCAUGAUGGAUGUCAGUUUAGCCAGGACCCUUCUCUCACCCACCUCCUGCACCAUGUCCAGAGUGCAGCCCAGGACAGAGCUGGACUUCUUGAUGAUCCUGUCCAGUCUCUUCCUGUCCCUCACUGUGAUGCUGCUGCCCCAGCAGACCACACCGUACAGGAUGGCUGAUGCCACCACAGAGUCAUAGAAGGUCUUCAGGAGUGGCCCUGCAUAAUUUUAACACAACUAAAUAUAAGUGUAAGUAUUUUAUAGCCCCACUAAGUCUACAAGUACAAAUCUGGUUACACACACAGAUCCAUUUACACACGCACAGAUCGGUUUAUGUGCGCACAGAUUUGAUUACGCAUGCAUGUAUCUGGUUACGCAUGCACAGAUCGGUUUACGCGCGUAUAGAUUUACGCAUGCAAAAAUCUAAUCUCACCCUAAUUUGACUCUUUGUCACAUUUAGUAGUGUACAUACAGUGUCAUAACAACAGAUACAAUGUCAUAACACACAACACAACUAAAAACAAGUCAACACACAAACACAAGAGUCCAUGGGGGCAUUCUAUCUCAAAAGGAACACAACACAAAGUCCAUCCUCUCAGGGAGGAUGAUGGCGAGGAGAGUCUGGGCCCACCAGUUGCUGGACUGGGAUAGCACACCUAAUGCCCAGGGGCGAAGGGUGGGUUCUGGGAGGUCGGCGUCAAAACCCACCACCUUUGGGGCCCCACCGGGAGCGACAGACAAGCCAGAGACGCGGGCGGACAAGGAGGUGGAACCAGACAUGAAACCCGAUGUAGAGCCGAAACCAGAGACAAAACCUGACAAGGAACCGGAGCCAGAACCAACGACAAACCCAGACAUUGAGAUGGAGCGGACAUGGUCGGGGCCAGACCACCAGGAGCUGAAGCAGACGUGGAUGGUGCCGGACCACCAGGAGCUGAGGCAGACGUGG